CAGUCACCUCGACCUACUCAAUCUUUGUCGUCAUUGAGGCAUUCACGCUGAUCGUCUUGGUCACCGCCGUCAAAAUAGGAGUCGUCCAGUCCAACAACACGCUUGGCAUUCCCCUUGAUCCAACGCUGUUCACCUCAAAGCGACGGCCCGUCUCAAGCCGCAUAUCAGGCUAAUCAAACGUGUCUUGGGGUCAGAUGCAGAACUAUUUCUCUUCCACGCCAAACCCGACAAACAGCCGUGUAUCUGCGCUUCUGAGCUCUCAACAAUGCUCGCAGCCUCCAAGUACCAGACAUUUAUCCUCUGCGCGCUUUAUGCGUGGCAGCUUAUCACAGCAGCGGCAUACAUUGGGCCCCGACAAUGCCUCUGGAAUCCUGCUGGGCCAUCGCUGUCACGAAGCCCGCCCGGUGGAGGCGAGCAUUCCAUCUUCAGCAGCUGCCCGACAGAGGUUGACGAUGCGACGUCGGCGCAAAAGGGGACCUGGGAGCCCUGGACACGACUUCCCAUCUGCUCGAAGCCAACCAGAAACGGAAAAGCCCCCUACUGCAUCUACACGCAUUCCUCGCUGGCAGGGUCUGGCUCUGGAAUCUCCAUCCUGACAACCCCAAGCAUCGCGGCCGCGACGGCGCCGCUGGUCGACGGGCUCGAUUUGGCCUGGGGCCUCCCUUCAUCGUCGGGCGUGUUUCCAGUGGCUCCGACAGGUUGGCGAAAGGAACCGGACGCGCACGUGCGGGAGUCCCGGUCUCCGCCCCCGUACGAGGUGCGGCCGGUCGAAGGGAAGGGGAUGGGCGUGGUUGCCAACGCGAGCAUUAUGCCUGGCGAGCUGCUCUUCCGAGAGAGGCCGGUCCUGGUCGACAUGAUGGCCAGGCACUGGAGUGUCGAUUCCCGGCAGCACCGCGCGAUGCUGGACAGAGCGCUCGCACGCCUGCCGCCCGCGGACAGGGCUCAUGUCAAGGCGCUGUCAUACCACAGCAAAGAGCACAUAGUGGAAGGGAUCAUGAAAGCCAACAGCUUCGCCAUCACACUCAAUGGGGUGCCACAUUCGGGCUUGUACCCUAAAAUUGCUAGAAUCAACCACGCGUGCAAGCCAAACACAUACGUUCGAUACAGGAGAAGCACCAUGGAGCUGGAGGUGGUGGCGUAUAGGGAGAUCGAGCCGGGCACAGAGCUGACCGUGAGCUACACACCUUUAAAUAUCCUCUCCGAGGACCGCCGCCAGCUCCUCGGCCGCUGGGGCUUCGAAUGCACUUGCUCUCUUUGCUCCGCAGACCCACACAUCGUCCAGGCAUCAGACAGCAACCGCAUGCGCUUGCAAGACAUCCUGAAAGGCCUCAGCGACCCGGAAUUUCGGGAGGACUUCGCGGGUGGCAGCUACGACUGCAUCGUCCGAAACGACAUGGACGAGAUGCAGAACAUCAUGUUCGAGGAGGGUUUUGAGGCCCAGGCCGGCGACAUGGCCGCGAUGGAUGCCGAGUUUUACCUCGCCGCAAGGCAGUGGGGGCAGGCACGGGAUUCGGCGACACGGGCGGUGUGGGAACUUAGAAUGUACGCGGGCCCAGACAGCGAGAGGACCGAGCAGGCCGAGGACUUUCUCAAGCGGCUGUACAACCAUGAGCUGCGGAGGAACCAAUGAUGGGCGGGCGGUGAUUGGGGAUGGCGGUACCAGAUCCCGAACGUCGCCUUUAGGCACAUGUCGUUACUAAGCUAUAGAAAUGCGG